GCUAUCUUGACCUUUUCCCAAAUUCCAAAACAGUACUCUCUUUCAAAUCACAUCCAUCUUCCAAAAUAUGAAAUAAAAAUAAAAAAAAUAGUAGCAUAAUCCAUCUACAUCAUAGUAUAACUAUUUCAGGGUUAUGUACUAGCACUAAUAGCAUCACUUGCCUUCCAUUCCUCCUCUUUCUCUGGGGAGACUAUCAAGAACAAUGAGUUUCAAUCCAAGAAUCCAACUGACUAUUCUCCUUCUACUCCUCCUCUUAUCUCCUUCUUCCCUUUCUUUCAAUCUACACACUUCUACCAACACAACAGUAUACCAAAUCCUCACAAAAUACAGUCUUCCUCAAGGGCUUUUACCAAGCUCUGUAAAAUCCUACACUCUCUCCGACGAUGGCACAUUUGAAGUUUUAUUGGAGAAGCCUUGUUAUGUGGAGUUUGAGUAUUUAGUUUAUUAUGCUGAGAAGGUUACUGGGAAGCUGAGUAUUGGAUCGAUUACUGAUUUAGAAGGAAUUGAAGUUAAGAGAUUCUUGUUAUGGUUAAAUGUGAAUGAGAUCCGAGUGGAUUUGCCAUCGUCUGGUAGUAUUUACUUUCAAGUUGCCUUUAUUAACAAGAAGCUUGAUAUCAAACAGUUUGAAACUGUUCAUUCUUGCCGGGAUAAUGCUUUUGCCUUGUGUGGAGGACCAUCUCUCAGACAGCUUCUGGCUCCUGUCAAUAAUAUAGAAAUGCUUGUUACGGAGUAGCCUGGGGCCUAAUACAUAUCUCAAGCCAAAAGUUGGAGCAGCUGGUGAUAUCAUCUACUCACUUAUUCAGCUCUUUUGAAGCAAGGGUUGUUAACGCUGCAUGUAUUAGAUGUAUGAGCAAGUAAAUCAAGAUUCCACGAAUAUAUCGUGUAUAACGAGUUUAUCAAUUAUGUAGUUUUGAUGUA